CAUGAAUGACGAGCGAUCACCGGUUGAGAACAUCAAAAAAGUUGAUGCUCUCUUAAAUACUCUUACUGAUAUUCGCGCGUCCGUGAAACAGUUGUUCCAAGUAACAACCGAAGAAUCACGAGCAAUUGACUUUCCACAAAUAUUCAACGAGAGACUACGUGUAGUCAAAGGUGUCAUUGGAAGAUUUUCAAGCGAAGCAGAAAGUGCACAAGGAGCUUUAGAAUACGCACACAACCUUUCAGCAACAAAGACUUUCGAUCUUAGCACCAUUGUUGGAGAUGAGCCUGUUGACGGCAUGGACUUCUUGAACGAUGAGAUGCAAGUCAAUGAUGCUGGAGAAAGCAACAAGGAAUUUGGUAUAGCGCUAAAGAAAAAUGCGUCAUAUCUUUUAAGAGAAAUGACCACUUCCACACCAUAUACUCUGAAAAGGCUUAAUGAUAUAACUGACGACAGGGACGCAAAACGAAUAGAUUCAAAGACGGAAGGAAGCUUGGUAUCAAAUGGGUUGAUCAAAGCAUUUGUAAAUGACUGGAUCAAAACAAGUCCAAUUUCCAAAUAUGCGGAUAUACAAUAUGCAGUAGAGGAGAGCACUACACUGACUGGAUCAGCAUGCUGUCUCAAGAUAUCCAUCCCACACGUUUUAUGUGCAUAUCUGAGCAUACAAUUCGACGAGGGAAAGCAUAGUGUUGUAUUCGAUAAUUUUUGUGUUGUCGCUUACCGGGAAGAUAAACCAUUAUGGGAGCGAUCUGAUUACGCUGUGUUUGAGAAAAUUAAUAUUUUAGCCAUGGAAAAGUUGGAUGAGAUGGCAAAAAGCAACGCACAAGAUGCAGUUUACUCGGUGCUGAACUGGAUUUCAAGUUAUAACGAUCUGUUCACCGCCACAUGUCAUAAAUGUCAAAAACGAUUGCUUUUCAACUCUCCACAGUUUAAGUAUUUACCACCAACCCUGCGUAUUCUUAAGCAAUCGGAAAAUGAUGAAUCAAUUGAAUGGCUAUCAUACCAUAGUAAAUGUAUUUAAAUAGAAGCACUAUAAAGCACUUAAACACCAUAUUGCGAACAACGAGGAAAUGCCUACUAAAUGCGUAAUACCUUUCAAUUGGUUGAAGUGGCCACUUUAAUAUUAUUUUGUCUUUGGAGGCAUAUCAUCCAACCGGUGAACAAUAUGCGUAUCAUAUGUGUACGCUCGCCAAUGUACUGGUUAAAUAUUUUAUUGAUUACUGCCAGCCUUUUGUUUUUUGUAAAUGACCUCUUCUUUUCCUUCUUUCUGCGCUGCAUAGCGAGCAGCGUUAAAUAGGAAAUCGCUCAAU